AUGGAUCAUAUUGAUAAAGUAUCAUUGUAUCGCGAAAAAAUCUUUGGUGAAGACAAUACGAACGGUGUUGGUAACGCGAACGAUGGUCGUAACACAUUUCCUAUUAUAUUAACAAUAGAUAUUAAUGCUCCUUUUUCAAAAAUGUAA